AUGGCUCUACAACUGACCAAGCCGUUUGUGGCUGCUCUCAGCGCCCAGAUUCCCGUGGCCGUGAGCGUCACUCUUGCCCCCGGUCUUCUGGGAGGUCUUUUCGGAGGAGCCCAGCAUGAUCUGGAUCUGGAGACCCCCAGCCGAGAGGUGGAUCUGGAACAGCAUAAGCAUGAGGACUGCGACCACGGCAUUGUGUACGCCGUGCCCAAAAAGAAGGUGUCGUACGGCCAAAAACGAAAGCGAUUCCUCGCUGACACAAAGGCCCUCAAGCCCUUGACUAACCUCAACCGAUGUCCUGCCUGUGGACAUGUCAAGCGAAUGCACACUCUGUGUAUGCACUGCUUCUACGAGCUGCGAUCCUUCUUUGCCAAGAAGACUCGAGACGCUGAGUCGCUGGUGGACAAGAAGCAGCCUCCCACUCUGCCUGCUCACGACGAGGCCUUUAUCUACAAGAACAAGAUUGACCGACCUCAUUACGACAAGCUCAAGGAUACCGCCUCCUAUGUGCUCAAGUAUCCCCGGUCUCAGGUGUACAAGAAGAAGGACAAGUCGAGAGACUAA